AUGAGCGCCAUUGAGGGCGCGACUGGCCCAUGUCUGAUGUGGCCCGUCUCGGGGUCCCCAUCCAGGAAGACGGCAGUGACCAGCGCAGCUGAGUUUGCUGGUAAUGGCUUUCAUACUUCGCUCCCAAGUCAUUGUUUGACCGCCUCUGGCUCUCUUCCACCCUUCACAUGGUUGGGCGAAAACAGCCCUUCGAGGAAGUCGGUCGACUGGCAUACGCAGCACGUGGCCAAGCCAACGCAACCUAUGGAGCGUGAUCAGUUCAUCUAUCGAGGAGGACAGUACGACUUUACCCCCAGACCGCCCCGUGCCACGAUUGCUCGUAGUGCGGAGUCUCGCUGCUCCCCUUUGGCCUUCCUGGCAUGGUUAUACCUUGUGGAACGAAGUUCCAGCCAGUGUAGCCCGCGGGAUCAUUGCAGCACGCAAGCCCGACCACCACGUCAAGGUGGCAGCUUUAGGUCGAAGACGACUACUCACAGCAAGUUUCGAUGCCAAGAGCAGGGGAUAAGUGGAUGGUGGGACACGCCCAAGGAAAAGUACAGUGUGAAAAUGAUGCCGAAAGCCAAAGGGAUAGAUUACUAA